CGUCGUCGUACAGGGAGAUAUAAUUAGCGGCGUUUCGGAAAAUCAAUUCCCGCCCUAGAGUACAACUUUACAGCGACGGGAGCGUAAAUUCGUGUACGGCCAUCGCCACACCGACGUGAAAUCUGAACACUUCAAAUCAUCCUUCGCCAGAAAAUCAAAAAUCUCCAUGGACGAUGUAGAUCGAUUGUUCCAGUGCUUCAAAUGUGGAAUCUCUCCUCCGCAAUCUGCUAUCAGAGAAAAGAGAAAAGAAAAACGAAAACUAAAGCAAGAGCAUUCACCGCAACAACAGAAAUCCACAAUUUCUGAAAGCAAGUGUGUAAAUCCGAAAAAUGCCAAACAGUUUUCCCCGAUGAUCUUCUACGGUUCGCCACAUGGAGUUCCUCCGAAAAGGCCAGCUCGUUUGUUGAGGUUGCUGCGCGAAAUUCGUGUUGAUCUCGCCGAACAAAAUAAAUUGAGGGAGGAGGUCUGGGCUACAUUUCCGAGGCAAGAUGAAGCGUUGAAGUUUUUGAAACAGCAUACAAAUGCACGUGUCUUUAGUUAUCAAGAUCAUAUAAAUGGUCAGAGGAGGUUUCUCGUGUCUACAUAUGAGGAGUUUUGGCGAAGGUAUAAAGAAAUGACCGCUAAAUUUCGCCAUCAUUACGAAGUUAUUCAAGAGGGACUACCAUGCCACCUCUAUUUUGAUUUAGAGUUCAACAAGAGAGAAAAUGCUGGUAAAAAUGAAGAUGAAAUGGUGGAUCUCCUGAUAAAUGUCAUCUUUGAUGCGUUGCUGGAGAAGUAUUCUAUCCAAGGAACUGAAGAUUUUAUUGUCGAACUCGAUUCAUCUACUGAAGAAAAGUUCUCUCGCCAUUUAAUCAUCCGCUUACCAAAGACUGCAUUCAAAGACAACUCACAUGUUGGUGCAUUUGUUGCCGAGAUAUGUUCUCGCAUUCAAAGUUACAGAGAAAGAGAUGAAAACUAUGAAAAACUAUUAAUAUCCAAGGGUUCAAAUUCUGCUGAUAGCCAUUGCCAGACUUUUGUGGAUACUGCUGUCUAUACUCGGAAUCGUUGCUUUCGGCUACCCUUUUCAUCAAAAGCGGGGAAGAGCUCUGUUCUUCUUCCUAGUGGGCGUUUUAAAUGUAAGGAAAUGGGUGAAAAAGAAGUAUUUAUGGCAUCCUUGAUUUGCAACAUGGAUGCUGAUUCUGAGAAACUCCUGAUUUGCAAAAUGGAUCUAGACUGCGUGAAGGCAUUGCACUUUGAAACUGAGACAACCAAUAAUAUCCAGACACGUGGUGGUUAUCCUGAAAACUUUGAUCUGGAUGCCUGGACAAGUGAUUCUUCAACGACAUACUUGAUGGGAAAAUCACCACUCCCAGCUUUGGAUGCAUUUGUUGAAGCCAUUGCGUCCAAAGGAAAUGUUUCAGGGAAAAUUCGGAGCUGGUACUGGUUCUCAGAAUAUGGACUAAUGGUUUACAGCAUGUCUAGAAGUAGAUAUUGUGAAAGAAUUGGCAGAGAACAUAAAAGCAAUCAUGUUAUUUAUGUAGUUGAUCUUAGACGGGCCGUGUAUUAUCAAAAGUGCCAUGAUCCAGAUUGCAGAGGUUAUCGAUCUCCACUACGUUCAGUCCCUGAUGAUGUUAUUCCUUACCCUACUUUUCACAUCAAUCAAUCUGGAGAAACCGAUAGUCAGAAGCACACUAAUUUAAGUGACCAGAGUUUCACAGACAGCUGCAAGAAAGAAUGGUGGCAUGAAGCUAUAAAAGUCGCCGAGCAGGUUGAAGGGAUACAGAAAUCACUGGACCUUACUCAGAUGGAUGAAAAUGAAACGUGUGAAGAUGUAAAUUGGUGGAUGGCUGUGGAAAGCACAGCAUUGCAAACUGAACUAACAUAUCUUCAAAAAGUCUAGCAACUCGUGCUAUGCUGCAGAAAAUUUCCCCAUUUCUCAUUCACCAAAAGAUCCAAUCAGCAGCUGAGUUGUGAAUAUACAACUUAA